UCAAAAAACCGAUCAGAUCUCCGGAUCACCAACGAGGAAACGAUCUUCACCAACACCAACCGACAGGGAUUAUCUACAAAAGCGAAUCAGAAGAAAGUAUUAGACGAAGAAGGAGACAAUGGCGAUGAAUCUUCUGUAUCCUCCGCCUCCCUCAUUGUUCGUCAACUCCAUGGCUGUUCUGGGUUUCGCCGGUCUGGCCAUGGCAGGAUUGUCCGAAGUGCGGGGAAAGCAUAUGCAGUACUCCAAAUUCUCCGGCUCGAAUCCUCGUCGUCCUGCCAUCGAGAUCUCGAGCAGAACCGGAAUGCUCUGGCUGUAUUCCCCCGCCUUCGCAGCCGCUUCUGCUUCCUUCUACCUCUUCCCAUCUGAUGAUCUCAGGUUUCUUCUUUCCCUCCAUUUCUUCAAGCGGGUCUUCGAGGUGAUGUUCAUACACAAGUACAGUGGGUGCAUGACUCUUGACGCGGUCAUUACCAUAACUCUCAGCUAUUUCACAUCAACAGCCAUGAUGUUAUAUACACAAAACCUAUCGCUGGAGCUGCCAGUACCAGAAUUCGAUCUAAUGUAUGCCGGAGUUCUGGUCUUUGCUGUCGGAAUUGUCGGGAAUCUGUAUCACCACUACUUGCUGUCCAAGCUAAGAAACCGCGGCGGGAAACAACAGUACAAGAUUCCAGAGGGAGGUCUGUUUGAUAAGGUGAUCUGUCCUCAUUACCUGUUCGAGAUUCUGGUCUUUUGGGGAUUCUUUCUCAUAUCCCAGAACAUUUAUGCACUGUGUCUCGCCAUGGGAACGACUUUCUAUCUGAUGGGUCGGAGUUCCGCAACCAGAAGAUGGUACCUGAGCAAGUUCGAAGACUUUCCCGGCCAUAUCAAGGCUCUAAUCCCUUUUGUAUUCUAAGCAAAAAAGAUCCAGAAAUGUUUAU